ACGGCGGCGGCAGGACGGCAGCGGCGGCGGGACGGCAGCGGCGGCUGAGGAGAAGCAGCCAUGGCUGGCCAUGACUCAGGAUCUCAACACCAGUUCACUGGAUUUCAGAAGUACUUCAAUUCCUAUACCAUCACAGGCAGAAGGAAUUAUGUAAUAGCAACAUACACAAGCGUUGCAAUGCUCAUCUUGUAUUUCAAGCUUAGACCUAAAAAGAAAACUCCUGCUGUUGCAGAUAAGUAAAUGGUUGCUGGCACGUCUGAACCUCCAGUCUGUGUCAAUGUAAUGCAAGCUGAUGACCUGUUCUGGCUAAUAAAAUAUAAAUAAUUACUUGUUUUAUUGGAAACAUGAAAUGGUGCAAAAAGCAUAAAUGUGGCACUUUGCCUUUUUUUUCUCUGUCAAAAAUAGUUACUUGUACUGGA